AUGACGAUCGUCAAUAUCCUUAUCACCCUGACGGUUUUACAUUUGACAAGUGCGUUUUUCUACACUAACAGUAAGGAAAAUGAUUUACCACGUAUAGGAAAACGCCACCAUAUAUACUGGUUUGAUGCUUUGGGACGGUUUCGCAAACCCUUAAGAAGUGGAAAAGAAGCAAACAGUCCACUAGAGAAUAAGGAGCUGCCACAAAGUCGGAAGCGGAUCAACGAACGAGAUAUCUUAUUAUUUUUGUCGGGAUAUCACAAUUUAACAGGUUCGUGUAAGGAAAUUUAUGCCGACAACCCAAACAGCGUGAACGGUACCUAUCAGAUAAUGAACCGGAAACAGGAACCGUUCACUGUUUAUUGUGUUUUUUACCUGGAUUACGGAUACACCUACAUAGCGAGUACAGCUUCAGUACACAUAGAUAUCGCCGAUCUGUAUACAUCUACUGCACAUGCGCUAGUACGCCAUCUUAAUACAGCAGGACAGCAGAAAGAGACGAAAUUGGAACAAAUUUCGAAAUACAGCUCCCAAUACCCCCUGUCUUUCCAAUAUAACGCAAAUGUCGGAUAUGCCACUCCAUACAAUCACCAGCAAAUGGCGCCAUACCUUUAUUUGGGUUUCUUGCCGGUUACGGUGGCUCAGAAUCGUAACCAGCAGGGUUACAGAGCCAACGGCGUGGAUUACCUGUUCACAAAUUGUGACAGCAAUCCAAACAGCUAUAUGGCUUUUUACUUUAAUCCGAAUCACAGUGUCCCUCUUAAUUAUGCUAGUUGUUGUGACACCAAACUAAUGCAUGAUUGGGUUACGCAUGCGCGCGAUGUCCCGAAAGCUAGUUACUUGCCGGCCGAAUUUUACUUUUUCUUUGAGCUUCACAUGGGCGGAUGUGGAGGAUACGCCAUUCCACCUACCAUCAUACAUGACGUACGAGGAGCUGCCCUGGGCCUCCGAUUCGAUUAUGACAGCCCGUGUGCACCUUCACCUUGUCAGAAUGGAGGCUCAUGCUAUCCUGAUGGGUCUCGAUUUGUCUGUGAAUGUUCGGAAGGAUACAAUGGGGCACAAUGUCAAAAUAUUGCGUGA